UGAGAAUUUCGCGAUGUCAGUUAACGAUCGCAGUCAAAAUUGAACGCUUCUUAUUAUUCGUUACUCAGUUCGCGAACGGCUCAGUGUGUUUCAGUGUUCAGUUAAAGUAAUUAUAAUCAGUACAUUGUUUCAGGGAAAAUGCCUCCCCAAAGGAAACAGGAGGCUUCGUGGGUAUUGUACGAAACCGACGCCAAUGACCUGCCAGAAGAUGCACCGCCCCAUGUACCUCCCUCAGCAGAGAAGAGACCAUGGAAGAUUGUGUGGAGAAACGUGAUUCUGUUCUUUAUUCUGCAUGUCGGUGGUGUUUAUGGAGGAUACCUGUUCCUUUUCAAAGCCAUGUGGAGGACUUCUAUAUUCGCCAUAUUUUUGUACUUGUGUUCGGGGUUGGGUAUCACAGCUGGCGCGCACAGACUUUGGGCACACAAGUCCUAUAAAGCUCGGUUGCCACUAAGAAUACUACUCACCAUAUUCAAUACCAUCGCCUUUCAGGAUGCCGUAGUGGAUUGGGCCCGUGAUCAUCGUAUGCACCACAAAUAUUCCGAGACUGAUGCGGACCCCCACAACGCAACCCGAGGAUUCUUCUUUUCCCACAUUGGCUGGUUGUUGUUGAGGAAGCAUCCCGAAAUCAAAGCCAAAGGCCAUACCGUCGACGUGAAUGAUCUGCACAAUGAUCCUAUCCUACGUUUUCAGAAGAAGUACUACCAAAUUUUAAUGCCUUUAGCCUGCUUCAUCAUGCCUACAUAUGUACCAACAUUGUGGGGAGAAACAGUUUGGAACUCCUUCUACGUCUGCGCAAUUUUCCGCUACGUAUAUGUUCUCAAUAUAACUUGGUUGGUCAACUCAGCAGCACAUAUGUGGGGUAGCAAACCUUACGAUAAGAACAUCAACCCCGUAGAAACCAGGCCCGUUUCGUUAGUGGUGCUCGGCGAAGGAUUCCACAACUACCAUCACACGUUCCCGUGGGAUUACAAAACCGCCGAACUUGGAGAUUAUUCCCUUAAUUUGAGCAAGCUGUUCAUUGAUUUCAUGGCGAAGAUCGAUUGGGCUUAUGACCUUAAGACAGUAUCAACUGACGUCAUUCAGAAACGAGCGAAAAGGACAGGUGAUGGAAGCCAUCCCGUAUGGGGAUACGAUGUUGGGGAGGUCGCUACUGAAGACAAAACUGAUACUACUAAUCUUGUCAAUUCUAAAGUGCUCUAAUACCAA